AUGUAUAACCGAUCGGGAAGACCAGGGAGUAGUGCUUCCAGCGUUACGACCUCGGUCAGUACAAACGAUACAUUCGAUGCGAUUCUUGCAAGCCCGGCCAGCAGCAGAACGAGCUUUGAUUCUUGGAAUUCGAAUCCACGGAGAGUCGAGUAUGGAUGGCAGCGACCGGCACCGAUUAAGCAAUAUAGACGGAGGAGGGAAACGGGUGAACUGUUCGAUGCUUUACCUGAAGAGGUUCUAGGGCUCAUUUUGGACGAAUUGAAAAAGUUGCAUCUGCAACCUGGCAGUACAAGUUGCGCGACAUGCAUGAUGAGAGACAUGUGCUCCGCUGCCUUGUCGGCGCGGAAGCUAUUGAAGGUCGCUCGAGUCGCACUCUAUGAGAAUAUUCAACUCGUCGGAGCAGACUCGCAUGCGCAAAAGAAACGAUACAAGUUGAAUUUCGGCUCUCGUCUAGUCCUACUUCGUCGAACAUUGAGAUCGAACCCUGAACUUGCAGCAAUGGUUCAUACUCUGAAAGCGCCGGCUAUUCCCCAGGGUGUAGCGGUUGACUUGUAUCAAAAUCUAGUAGCUUCCGUCAUCAUGGCUUGCCCUAACUUCGAACGAUUGGUUGGAUUCCACCAGAAUCACGAUUUCUCCUUCAAUCGUCUGUUCCACGCUCUAUCGACUAGGCGCAAGCUGGUAGAGAUGCAUUGGACGCUAGAACCAUCUCAGUUCCAGAGGAAGCGCCGACUAUCGAACGCUGCGGCGCUGUUAAAUUCAGAGAAUCCAAACUUUCAGGAAGCCCCCGGUGAUCUUUUGCCCGAACAAAGCGAAGACUUUCUUGAGCUUCAUACCGAUUGGGAGCAUUUAAAAACUCUAUCGAUACAUUGCCUCCCAGGCGCGACUCUCACGCCAAUAUCCCUCAUUCCGGACAUAGUGUCUCGGUUACCGGCGCUUGAGAAUCUUCAUCUGUCUCACUUACCCUUCACGGCUUUUAGUGAUGCCAAUCUACUAUCGUUGCCGUCGCUACGAACUCUCACCUUGUCACAUCUUUCGGGCGUAUCUAACGAGGGCCUCUCAUCCUUCGUAAGACGUCCCCAUAGCAGGACGAUUAGAAAACUCGUCCUUCAACACGUUGACGUGGACUCGUUGCCUGCGCUCAGCCAAAUCCUUUCAAAUCUUACAUCAUUAGAAUCCUUCGCCCUAGUGCAGAAUUCUAUGCCGAUUAUGCCGGCAAACGAGAUGAUAUGGUUAUUCCCUUAUCUCGCAUCACCUUCACUUCGCAAAUUGCAUUGGGACAUCACAAGUCAUCCGUCAUGCGCAAAUACGGCCGAUUCUGUCCUCGCGAGAAGCAUAGCAGCAAAUGGUUUUCCAUCGCUCCGGAUCCUAAGGACGCCUAACGACCCCGAAGGAAUUUUCCAGGCGCUUUGCAAGCCAGUGGAGAACAUUGACUGUCUUGAGAUAGGCAAUGACCAGGUCCGUGGCCUUAUCACCAAGUGCACGUCGCGACCUAGCCCCCCUGCCACGCCAACAACUCCUAGUACACCGAAGACGCCGAGCAAGUCGCCGUCAGGUCUUAGUUUUCCAAUGGAGGACCAACUGUUCCCGUCUAAGGUGUCGAGCAAUCUAUCCCAGGCGCGCCUCGCGGCACAGAGCAGGCUUGAGGCGGCACGGCAGACCCCACGUUUCACUGUUAAUGUGAUAGGGGACGACGGAACAGUAGUGGAGAAUUACGGUCUCGGAGGUUACAUGGGUCAGACCGAGUCGAAGAUCGGGUAUUGCGUGACGCCAGACGAGCAUGCUACGGAUGAAAACGGCGGUCUAAUUGAUAUAUCAGAUGUUCUCGGCGACGGGGGCGAGAACAUAAAAGUCGAGGGCAGGGACGGAUGUAGCGGACGCUGGAACACUUACAGCGGCAACGUGGUCGAUAAAAAGGACCGCGAGAGGUGGUAUCAUACGGAACGCGGGCGGUGGCACGAGGUGCCGCUAUCUUGA